AUGGACAAGAUCAAUCCUGACUGGGCAAAGGACAUUCCGUGCAGAAAUAUCACUAUCUAUGGCUACUGCAAGAAGGAGAAUGAAGGUUGUCCUUUCAAACAUGGCGAUAACGCUACCGCUUCUGCUGUUAAUGACGCUUCCCCUCUUCUAGAGAUUGGCGAAGCCACCACUCCAACCAUGGCGGCAGUUCCCAAGUUCAAUGCAAAAGUUUCUGCCAGUUUCACUCCGAUGACAGUUGGUAGUGAUUCUGCAGCUACUGCUACUGCCACCACCUCCGCUACUACGAAGGCUAAUGUCAGCGUCACUAUUGCGGAUACUUCCGGGGCCGCUUCUACGGUUAAUCCAAUGGUUAAUCCUGCAGUUAGUGGCACGUUGUUGAACAGCAAUAACAACAGUAGCAAUAUAAGCAUAUCAAUACCUACUACCGCCUCGAGCUCGAAUUAUGACCCCUUCAAUGCUCCCAUCUUCACUCCCUCUUCAACAUCAUCGAUACAUACCAAUACGAAUGCGUCUUCGUUCCCAUUCCCCCCCAUUACAAAUUCUAGUGGCAUGAAUAUAAACGCUAAUGAUGACAGCAAUAGCAACAUGAGCAUGGCUAACAACGUCCCACCUUCCAUGCAACCGCCUACAAUGGAGAGCAACAAUCUCAAGUAUCCGAGUAUCUAUCCGCCUCCUCAUAGCCUUCUACAGUACCAUCUAUAUGCCCCUGAACAACCAUCAUCGCUGAAGUCGUUAUUAAGACCCAAUGAAAGAUCCGCCGAUCAACUCUUUAUCCCAAAUAACAUCAGAGAAGAUUUAACCAAGAAAAACCUGUCAAUUUUGCAAGUUUUCCCCUCUUCAGGUAAAGUUAUACCAAGCAUUGUGCAGGACUAUUUCAAUUUGGUGCCACUGAACUUCAAUAACAACGAUUUUUUGAAUAAAACAACGCUUUUCAAAGUCUUUUCCAAUUAUGAUGGUAAGCCAUAUGUUUUAAAAAGACUACCUAAUAUCGACAAAUCGAUGAACCCGAACAAAAUAUCGAAAAUCUAUCAGAUUUGGUCGAAGGUUAACUGUACAAACUUAAUAAAGUUCAGGGAUAUCUUCCAAACUACGAAAUUCGGCGAUCUGUCUAUCUGUUUGAUCUUUGAUUACUAUCCAAAUGCAUUAUCUUUGUAUGACUAUCAUUUUGUUAAUUUCCCCAAAUUCCCCAUUACCAUGAACUAUCUAUGGAUAUAUUUAGUUCAGCUCACUAACGUGAUAAAUUCUAUUCAUUCACAAAACCUAAAAAUUGGCAAUACAUUAAACUGGAGAAAAGUUUUUAUCACUGGUGACCCAGGUAGAAUCAAAUUAUCACACUGUAACUUUAUGGAUCUCUUGUUUAAUGACGAUACGGAUACAGUAGCAUCCUCCAGCGGGAGUACUAUGGAAAGACUACAACAGCUGGACUACAAAUAUCUGGGACUGCUGUUAUUUAAUCUAUCAAUGAGCAUUGAUAACUCUAACAACAAUAGUACUCCAAGAGAAUGUCGACUCGAUGAAAUAACCCUCCAAUCAAUAGAUGACUUAAAACAGAUAGAUGAUAAGUUCAAGGAUACACUUAAGUAUUUAUUAUUCGACGACGACGACGAUGAAAAAAAGAGUAUCCACGGCCUAACGAGUCAUUUUUUCGAUAAGAUGUUUAUGGUCUUGGAAUCAUCACAAACCUAUACAGAAUACAUGGAAUCCGUCUUAUCAAGAGAACUAGAAAAUGGCAGGUUGUUCAGACUGAUCAAUAAACUAAAUUGCAUUUUUGGUAGAAUCGAAUCGAGAAUAGACAUAAACUGGUCCGAAUCUGGCACCAAGUUCCCCAUUAUUUUAUUCUAUGACUACAUAUUCCAUCAAGUGGAUUCCACUGGCAAACCAAUAAUGGACUUAACUCACGUACUAAGAUGUUUGAACAAAUUAGAUGCAGGUAUCCAAGAAAAAUUAAUGUUAGUAACGCCUGAUGAGUUGAACUGCAUCAUCAUAUCCUACAAGGAGUUGAAGGACUUGAUAGAUUCCACUUUUAGAUCCAUCACCCAAUAA